AUGGAAAAACCGAACGUGAAAUGGAGCGACAUCGCUGGUCUGGAAACACACGCAAAAGUAAGCGCUCAAGAGGCGGUGAUACGCUACCAUCAAAUUCCGCUCCUUUUACUGGUAGCGUCUUGA